UGAUUGGUCCCUUAGGCAUUGGAGGUAGGGAGUUUAGAGUCGCUAGAAAAACAGUGUGUGUGCGUGUGUGUGUGUGUGUGAGAGAGGGAGAGAGAGUGAGAGACAGGGGGAGCAGACUCUUGCUUUUCCAUAUGUGGUGAAGUAGAGGAUAGACAAGAAGACAGGGAGAAAGGGAGUGGGAGAGUGCAGGAGAGAGGUGUGGAGUAAUAAGAGAAGAGAGGGGGAGAGCGAGGGAGAGGGUCCGCUAAGCCUAGAGACAGAGCUGGAGACAGAAGGUCAGAAAUCACCGCUGACAAAUUGUGCUUCCCAGUUGUGCUUCCCAGUUGUGCUUCCCUCUGUCCUCUUCAGUCCAGAUGACAUCAUCAGGGCUCCUGUCUCAUGGCUGGCAGCGGCGGUUGCUGCUGGCUUUGCUGAAGCUCAUGGUGUUCUGCUCGGGCCCGGCGCAGGCAGCCAAUGGGAGAGCAUGCUCAGCGCGAGGGCCCGCCUCUUACAUACUGGUGUUCACGGGGCACUGGAGCCCCCGAGCUUUCCCCAAACAGUACCCGAUUCACCGCCCUCCUGCGCAGUGGUCCAAGCUGAUAGCUAUGACCCACAACGCGCAGUACCGUCUGUGGAGGGAGGGGGAGCUGGCGAGCCCCGGCGUCCGCAGCUUCGCGAAACGUGGCGUGACUGCGGACCUGGGGAGGGAGGGCCGCGAAGCACGGAAGAGGCGGGCCGUCGGUGGCAUGUACCGCACCGCUGGCGUGCCCACGGGCACCGGGCACAGCUCCACUGAGCUGCUGAUGCAGCCCAGACACCCCCAGCUCUCCAUGAUGGUGAAGGUAGUUCCCAGCCCUGACUGGUUUGUGGGAGUGGACAGUGUCAACCUGUGUGAGGGGGACCGGUGGCGACAGGAAGUCACCUUUGAUCUCCACCCAUUUGACGCAGGAACAGAUAGCGGCUUCACCUUCUCCUCGCCCAAUUACCCCACCAGCCCACCUGAGAGUAUUACACAGAUCACCUCUCAGGAGCCCAGUCACCCGGCCAACUCUUUCUACUAUCCUCGGCUGUCAGAGCUCCCCCCGCUGGCCACUGUGAGGAUAACGCGCCAGCGUCGGAUCCCUGCCCGCCAAACCUCUCUGUCCAAUCACAUUCUGCCCCAGUACUUCUCGGAAACGCCGCUGGACUGUGAGGUCUCUCUCUGGUCGUCCUGGGGUCUGUGCACGGGGUCCUGUGCCAGUGGCAGUGUCAGACACCGGACUCGUUACAUCCUGCUGCGCCCGGCCAACAGCGGCUCCCCCUGUCCCGAGCUGGAGGAGAGGGCGGAGUGCAGUCUACGCCUGUGCCUAUCCCAGCAAUGAGGCGCUCCAUCCCACCCCCAAAAACAGUCCUGACUACAGCUGGAAUCCACUGUGCUGAGGCAGCACACACACGCAAACGCAUGCACGCACGUGUGCACACAUACACGUGCGCAAGCACGAACACGCAAACAUACAUGCACAAACACGCACACACAUACAUGCACACACACACACACACAUACGUGCGCACACACAUACGCACACACACACAUAUGCACACACUGACACACGCACACAGGUGCCUGCCUUACACACCCAUAUUGGGUCCCCAUCUGGAGAAAUGCCACAUCUUUGUGGAAUCAUGAUUCACAGAUUCAGCAGACUUAUUUGGAAGCAUGAUGCCACAGACUGCAAGUGGCAGUACAUUAAAGCAUAAACCAAACGUAUACAACCUCGUAUUUCUGAAGGACCUCUCAGCUGAAUUUCAGAGAAAUGUUGUCCUCCCACUCACCAUUUCAAAAUCUCUGCCACUUUUUUCUUUAUAAUAAACCCCACACGCCUUGCGAACUGCUGCCUAAAAUGUCUCAGAUUCUCCCUGAAUGUUCUAUGCUUUGAAAUACAGAUAUUUUAAACCUGUAUUUCAAUCAUAGGCCUUGAACAACGUAUGAAAAACUAUACAAUUUGUAUAUUGGUUUUGUUUUACAUUGUGUAGCUAAGAAAUAAAGUCUUUUUUUCUUAAAAAGGGGGGAA